CCCGGAUGUGCCGCCAAAUUUGAAAGAGUGCGGAGGUUUAUAUCUGCUUUACUAAAUUACAGUACGUUUGUUACGACUGUAAUUUGCUGAGUUACGUGCAGUAUGAAUCCUUCAGAGCGUUUCUUCGCGAAGCUGCGGAAACUGACAGUGUAUCUGGAGACCGAGAGCAACAGUCUUCUCCACACCAGUCAAAACCUAAAAGAGGACGAUGAUGAUGCAGAGACUGGAGUUCAAGCAUUAUACCAGCUACACUCAGAAGUUAGACAACUAAAGCGCCAAGUUCAAGAUCAGAUAGGCACACAUGAUGCAACAAGUACAGACCUGAGGACCUUCAUCCGAAGAUGCUUGGUGCUGAAGCAGAGGACCACAGAAGACAUUGACAGGCUGAAGAAACAUUAUGAGAAGUAUGGCUACAGACCGCGAAAAGCAAGACAAGAUAAUACAGUGACGAGUGGCACAAAAGAAGUAGAGGAGCAGGAAGAAAGAGAGCUGGAGGCAGAACAGGAAGAUGAGGAGAUGGGACAAGAGGUUUGUGAAGAUGCUCCUCAAUCAGAGACACCCGAGAUGAUGCCACCACCUCUUGUUGACCAACAGCUGACCCCAAAGCUGUCAGACUUCGGUCUGUCCGCACUCCAUUUUCAAAAAGUAUUCAGUGAAGCGGAGGCACCCCAUCAUGCUGCUCUAGUGCCGGCUGUGGCUCUGUCACCACCACCGUUUGUCAUGAACAUGCAGCCACCGCAGCCAAAAACACCAAAAUGCUCACUGCGUAUGGAAGAGGACGCUCCUACUCCACGACUAGAGGACUUUGGUAUCUCAGAGUAUACCAUGUGCUGGAACAAUGAUUUUACCAUGGAUUUGUUUAAAAAGAAGCCAUCAAACAAAAGCAGUAAAACAAUGGAUAAUGAUAACAAACCCCCUCAUCUCUUCUCCAAUCAAUCGUCUAUGCCUAAUAAAGGCGUCUUUAAUGAUAGUUUGGAAUCCCCAGAGCCUCCUGUGUUUUGCACCCCAGGAUUUAAGAUUGAGAAACAUCGGGUUCCAUCCUCUCCACAGAUGAAUAAACGGGAUAAUCUUGAUUCUCCUCCUCAUCAGAAUUGUCCUACCCCAGAGGUCCCUGCAUUUGAGACGCCUUAUAUCAGCAAGCUCCUAAAAAAGGAGGCCAGACAGGAAGAAGGUGAGAGACACAGGAGUUCACAGGAGAGCACAAUUUUCCUGCCAGAGCUGUCAAAUGCAAGAUGUUUAUCAAAUGAAGCUCCGGAGAUGCCGAAAAUUCAAAGUUAUGAGGAUGCCAUACCUGAGAUGCCAUCUUUGCAGUCACUUUUUGGAAAUUCUCUUGCAGCGAAAAAUACAUUUGGUGACAGUCUCUCUGGGUUGAAGAUGGACCUCAAGCAGGGUUCUGCCACCAUGCCAGAAGACUGUGUUAACCAAGAUUGGUGUCUUUCAACACCAAAAGUCAGAGCGAGGUAUCCUGCAGAGCCAUGCACACCUGAGAUGCCUGACAUAAGCUUAGUGACACAGGAUAUCUUAAAAGUGAGUCAAUAUAAUGACACAAUAUGAAUUUGCAAUGCUAAAGAUUUUUUCAAUAUGGAUAAUAUGUGCAAUUCCUUUUUUUUUUUUUUUUAGCUUUUUUUAGCUCAUAUGGCAAACA